AUGGCGGACGUAUGGAAAGAUCACUAUGAUUUCAUUGUGAUUGGCGGAGGGACUGCUGGCAAUGUCGUUGCUGGCAGAUUAGCAGAAAACCCAAGUUUGAAGAUACUAAUCAUUGAAGCUGGUGUUGGAAAUCCGAGGGAACUUCCAGAAAUCACUACUCCGGCCCACACGUUUCAAUCGCAUGGAGACAAACAUGACUGGUGCUACAGGACAACAUUUGUUGAUACACAGAGCUAUCGACGUGUUGAGACACCAAAUACGCGUGGCAAGAUACUCGGGGGAAGCAGUAGCCUGAAUUGCUUUACAUGGGUUCCAGGAAGUAAAGAAACAUUUGAUUCCUGGGCUGAAUAUGGUGGAGAUGAUUGGACAUGGGAAAACUGCAAGGAAUAUUUCACGAAGGCUACGAGAUACCAUGAUGAUGACCAGAAACAUGACCCUGAGUUCUCAAGACUUGGUCGAGAUGGACCAUUGAAUAUCUCUCACGCAGACCUCCUUCCAGAGACAGCAGCCUUCCGAGAAGCACUGAUAAAAGCCUGGGAAAGUAAGCGCCUGCAAUUAACGAGUGAUGUAUACUCUGGGAAAAUGGAAGGCCUUACGCAUUGCGUAACUACUAUUCACAACGGCGUUCGAUCGGAGAGUUCUGUGUUUAUAACAAACAAGCCCAAUGUGGAUGUCAUGGCAUCUACAAUUGCUAGGGAAAUAAAAUUUGACGGAAAUUCAGCAGUCAGUGUUACUGUGACAGAUAAGGAUGGCUUAGAGAGCACAUUCAAAGCAAAGAAAGAAAUUAUCUUAUCUGGGGGCGUUUUCGAAACACCCAAACUCCUCCUCUUAUCCGGAAUUGGACCAAGAACUGAGCUUGCUCAUCAUGCAAUUGAUCCAGUGGUCGUUUCAGAGAAUGUUGGAAAAAACCUAAUGGAUCAUCCAAUCUUACCUCAUGUUUUCCGACUGAAGGAUGGUAUGGGACUGGAUAGCAUUCUGCAUCAGUAUGGGCCGCUACAGAAUGAUGCAAAAAGACAAUACGAUGAGCACAACACAGGUCCCCUAGCCAGUGGGAUUCUGGAGUUAAUCGCAUUCUGUCGCAUUGAUGACCGACUCGAUGUGUAUGAAGAGUAUCGUGAUGCCAAAGAGAUGAAUGGAGGGACAGAUCCAUAUGGACCAGAGGGCCAACCACAUUUCGAGAUAGACUUUAUGCCAAUAUUUGCUCCACCGUUUCAACGAGACUUUUCCGUUCCCGAGGAGGAGGAUUGGAUGACUGUCAUAGUCAAUCUAGUCCGUCCACAGUCCAGAAAUGGCUUCGUGAGACUGACUUCACUAGACCCACAUGAGCAGCCGGAAAUUAAUCUCAACUUCUUUUCCAAUAAACUGGAUAUUCUUGCCCUUCGUGAAGGUGUCCGUUUUGUUGAUGACGUCUUAAUGACAGGCGAUGGCAUGAAGGAUAUCAUUCACGAGGAUUAUCCAUGGCCAAUCCAACGUACAUCAGACAAGGAGAUGGAUUCAAUGAUUCUUGAUCGAGCUCAAACUGGAUUCAACCCGUGCGGGACCGCCAGACUGUCGAUGAAUGUUGAACAAGGCGUUGUUGAUCCUGAGCUGCGAGUGCAUGGAGUAAGGAAUUUGCGUGUAGUCGAUGCAUCUAUCAUUCCCGUCAUCCCAGACUGCAGAAUCCAGAAUGCUGUCUAUAUGAUAGCAGAAAAGGGCGCUGAUUUCAUCAAAUCUUCAUAUCCGUCCCUUUUUGGGCAAUAUAAAGAUAUCCCGAAUCCCCUUCCUGUUGAUAGCUGA